AUGCCGAGGCCUAGUAGUAGUCCAAUGAAAAGUCCCGAUAAAAAUGUGGAAGAAAAAGGAGGAGAACCGACUACGAAUGGAGAAAAACAAGGAAGCAUCAACGACACAGAAGGUCUUCAAGUUGAAAGUACUCGGCCCAAGCGUAACGCACGGAAAAGCGUUUUGCUUUCGAGUGGCGAUUAUGAGGUUCGGUUUUGAGAGAGAAGAAGCGGGGCUAACCUUUUUUCAGAUAAACAUGCCUGGAGUGAAGCAAGAAGAGCCGGAAGAAGAGGCUGCGACUGUGACGGCCGUUGAGCCUGCAGUUGUGAACAGACAGGGAUUGAAGAGAGGUAGACCUUCUACAGCCAAGGAUGGUCAGAGUGCGAAGAAAAAGCCACUUCCUGAAGAUGUCAUCAAGGAAGAAGUUCGUGGCUUUACAGAAGAAAAACAAUUAUUAUUGUUUCAGCCAGCUCAAGCGAGCACAUCUGAGUUUGUACAGAAAAAUGAAGAAACCGCCGCUAAUUCUUUCGAGGCGGUACCUGAACUUGGACCGGUCGAGGAAUUUGAAGAGGAAUUGGAAGACGGAGACUUGACAAGCGAUGGGGAUUUGGAAGAGAAUGAAAAUCCUCCAGAGUUGGAAGUUUCCGCCGUGUGAGUUAUUAAAUUCUUUUUUUUUCAACUUCUCGAGUUAUUAGACUGAAGAGAGGUCGAGGGAGGCCGAAAAAAAUGCACAUCCAAGACGGAGACAAGAAGACCAAGCCAGGAAACGCUUCGCGAAUUUUCCGACCAUCGCCUCGGAUCAAUCGGAAUGGAGAUCGAGCAGUCAGCAAGAGCAUUGCAGAACGCUACAACACCUACUCUGUCAAAUUGGUAUAUCGAUUUCUUCUCUUAGCGGUGCUUUGGCUCUUAUUUUGAAGUCGAGAAAGCACAGAACUUCUCGGAAAAUGGCAAAAAGUGGUUUUUGUUUUAUUCCUAUCUACAUGUGAUUUUUGCGUCCGAGAGUUUGAGAAAUGUUAAGGAUGUCGCAAUUUUUCGGAGCUAAUCAAAAAUUAAGUUCAUAGUUACUUUGGAAAAAGGAUAAAUUUUUCAUUUUAAAUUUAAAAAAAUUAAAAAUUUCUGUGAAGGGGAGCUGGUAAUCGUACCCGAAGACAAAAAAAUAUGUUAGGCACUUUUUUUGGUUUCGUUAUGCAUCUCAUAGAAUUAUUCAGAUCAGUUUCUAUCGAAAGUAAAAAUUCGUGAAAAAACCCUUUUCGAGCUUUUCCUCUCCAAUUUCCACCUUAUUUUUAUCGGAAUCCUAUGACGCUUAGCAGAUGAUUCUUUUGGACUAGAACUAUUUGCCACAAGUUCGGUUCAGAGCUGCAGUUUUCACUUCAAUAGAUUCCCUUGUUAAAGAAAACCAUUUUCCCUUGUAUAUUACUGUUUUUCGACUUUGAAAAAAUAGUUUUUCGAAGCCUUGCAGAGUUUGAACUCUUUCAAAAAGCAGUUUGAUCGAAAUAUAAAAAGAUCUCAUGUAGGUGUAAUCGUAAAUCUCUGAAAUUUUGCGUUUUAAAUAGUUUUGAUUUUUGCAUAUGCAACGUUUGCAGUUCGAAGAUGAUAUCGGGAUGACAGAUCUUGGAGAUUGUUAUGCGACGGUGAUUCCGGGCUGUUUAUCUUACUUGUUACGAAAAGAGCGGAUCAUAGAUAUGCUAACGAACGUCAGCGAAAUAGACCAAAUGUAAGUUAGGUACCUUUUGGAAGCGAAAAUCGCGACUUUGAAGACGGGAAAGUGGCUGGAUGCUGGAAAGACCUCCUCGACUGCCUCCUCUCGUCUCCCACAAGGCUUGUUUCGCCUUCUACGUCGAUGGCACCAAAAUGCACACCGUCAAGGACAUAUCCACCGACGAUCUCAAGCCUUGGUCCACCUCAGGUUCGUUUUUUCCGUAAGACGGUUCAUGUGAAACGGCGUUUCCUCUUCGAAAUUUCUUUUCGAAGUUUGAGAAAAAGUAACUUUUCUGAAAGGACACCCUAGGAAAAGCCGCAGUCUUUUUGAUAUGAUAUAAAAUUUUUUUCUAAAGUUUUGAUUUGAGAUAAGUCUGUGUAAUGAGAACUUCAGAGCCUCUGGAAGGUGAGCCCGUGAUAAAGCCAAACGUCCGGAGACACGCCGUCUCACGAGUCAACAACCGAUUGGUUAUAAUGAAAGGAGAUCCGAGGCUCGCAGAGCUUCACCUCACCGAGUAUAGCGCAUGGCUUCCUCGUCUCCAUCGCCUCCGCAAAAAGGUUUUUCGAAACUUUUUUUCCCCUUUUUUUUUCAAAAGCGCUGGCUCAAUCAGAUAUAUUCUUACAAAUUUUUGCGUAAACUUUAUUUUUAAUCGAAAAAUAGCAUAAGUAAUCCUCAAGGGAUCCUGAGAGGCAGCAAAAAGUUUUAUGUAAAAAAGCUUUUGAGCUCCUUUUUCAUAGCCUCAGCGGAUAAACCUUCACUAAUCGUUUUGGUUGAUUUCCAGCAUUCUUUUUGUUAAAAGAUGCGAAAAAAAAAAUGCAAAAAUGAAGGGAAAAAGGAAAUGAAAAAAAGAUGUGCUGAGAACCCCUUAAAAGGUCUUUUUUCGAGUAGCUUUUCCGUUUCGCCCGAGUAGGUUACAAUUUUCAAAUGAAUUUUGUUUUUCGCUGUCAGCAAGAGCUUAAGAUAGGUUUAGCUAGCCUUACACAGUAUAUUUUUUUAUGUUUAUUAUUAGGUCAGGAAAGAGUUUUAUUUGAAAAAAGACUAAAAGUACGAAAAUAAGUUCGAAAAAAAGUAAAAAAAAAGCCGAGGCAAUAAAGUAAAUAAAAAUUGAAUUUUCUGAAAGAAAGGGUUAUUGGUUUUUUCUUUCAACAGAUUUACUACUUGGCUCGUGACGGACAAGUCUUUGGCAACGUGCUGAUUCUCUACGAUUACACGAUGCCAGGCGAGGUACCCAGUAUUGUAAAUCUGCCCCACGGCAACGACUUGCUCCGCGCCUUGUCCAACAACGACGAACCGGACGAGAGACCGGCGCCUGUCGGAGACGCAGACAACCCGGUUUGUGAAAGAUCUUCUUAAUACUUUCCUCAGACUUUCAAUCAUUUAAAGCCGGAUACGUUUUUUUUUUAGAUCAAGUUCAAAAUUUCCUUUGAAAUGAACGGAACACUUUCUGAAGUUUUUACUAAUUUUUAAAGAUGCGAAGUAUUACAUAUAAAUUGGCGCAGGUAGCAAUCAUGAUAAACCUUUAUCUAAACCUAUAAAAAUUUUUGAGUACUUUUCUAAUGAUUCUAUGAACUUAAAAUACUAGAAAUAAGCGGGAAAAACCAUAAUAAUUUUUAGAAAAAUCUAUCAGGUGAUUAUCGAAAAAUUUGACUCUUGCAAGGACAAUCUUCUCCAUAUCAACAUUGAACAUGGUAAUUUCAGUUUGAAGAAGAAUUGAUCAGUGGACCCAAAGGCGAAAAGUUCCUACGCGUGAGGCCAUCGAAAAUAGGUUGGAUAAACAACAAAAAGCUCCUUUUGCGGUAUCUCAUCAAUGAUCCAAGCUUGUUGUAAGUUCUCUUGCGCCUCACUUUUCCCCAAGUCUUAAUUACAGAGAUCAGUCUGAGUCGUUGAACCGAAAAGUUCCAUUCUUACCUCCUUUGAUUGAAUCGAGCGGAGUUUUCGUUUAUUUCGCGCCGGCUUCUUUCAUCGCAAAUCAACUUCAUCACGCUGGAGAUGGCCUUUCCCCGUGGACCGGUUCAAGUGAGAAAAACAGUUCCUCUUUUUUGAUGGUACGAAAAAAUCUGAAGUCCGGUGUAAUCUUGGAAACCAAAAUCAUGAAAAUUUCAUGAGUUUUUUUUUCUUCUUCUUUUUUCUCUUAUUUCGAUCUCGGAAUAUAAUUCGAUAAAGUCUAUUUGCCGAAUGAUUUUUUUUAUCCAAGAUAUGGUUUCUAGGAUAUGCGGUGUUAAAGUCUGCGUACACAGGCUUAUGGUCCUCAAUAUUUGCGGAUUUGAAAUUUCGUCGUACCAUCCACCUUCCUUGAAGGAAUAUGUGUUUUUCUCAACCAUGAUAAUCAAUUAAAAAAAAUAAUAAAGUUCUCCAAAAGAUGUAAGACCUUGUUCUAAAAUAAUUUAGUUACAAAAAAGUGGAAUUUUGUCUUUUUGCCACUCCUCUGUCAGGUUUUAGUUAUCAAGCUCAACAAGUGCAACCGAGAAGAUGAAUGAAAAAAUAAAUGAAAUUUGAGGUCAAGGAGAGCAAUCACCUAGAGUGCGAUCGGUACGUCGAGCUCUAGUUCAAGACCAAGAUGGCAUUUUCAACUUGACAAAAGAAGACUGGCAGAACACGGGUUUGGCGUUGGUCGAGACGUUGACUGUUUUGGCCAGAUGUCCGAGGCUCAGAAAGCGGGUCAGUGAGGAACGGAGUGCAUUUGUCCUGAGAGAGUCCCCUCUUGGGACCACUUCAAAAAUCCCUAACAAGUGAAAAAGCUGUUCCUAUACGUUUUUCAGUCAGCGGCCCAUAUUGGGUCAGGUUAGUGGAUUCUAUAGGGGUUGCAGUUAGUGGCCUUUCUAGGGAGGCAUGCUAGUGGUCCCUAGAAGGAAAAAAAGAAAAGGUGUCUUUAUGAUAAAACCUUCAUAAGAAUACUUUGAAAAAUUGAAUCCUAAUUAUAGUUUUCAACUCAAAAAUGCGGAUUUGAGGUGCUGUACGUGCAAAGGAACAACGCUGUGGUGAUGGGCGUCGUGUGCUACAUCUAUGAGUAUAUUCGUGACGGACCUCUUCCUACCGUCGUUCGUAGGAUCAACAACGUGGGCUGAAAUGUCUCCUAUGUCGUUAAUCUUGAUUUUUUUUGAAGAAGAGCUGGGCUGAACGACGCAAAUCUUACGUAGGAACAACCAACACUGAGGAGGAAGACUUCAUUGACGUCGAAGACAUCGAGGUCAUCGACGAAGAUGACGUCAUUGACGUGAGCAACGAGGUUGAUCAGGUCAACGUCAUCAACGAUAACGAAAACGAAGUUUUUUCUACGCGUAUUUUCCAUUUUAACCGAAGUUUUAAGUAUGAGGAACUGCCCGAAGAUACCCUCAAUGGAGGUUGGGACAACGAAUUCGAGGAAGAUCCUCUCUCUUCUCAGGAAAAUCCCGAUCCGGUACGUUGAUUUUAGUGGUGACUGUUCAAAGCCUGCAAAAUCAGAAUCGAAAUCAGAAGCAAAAUCAAAAAUUUCUGGCAAUUUCAAUGAGAAAAUCAUUCAAGUUUUUGUUAACUUCAUAAAUGACUUCUUUUUUUUUUUUGGCUGUUUCGCAAUAAAUCUCUUUUUCGAGUUGUGAUGCUUCAAAGUUUCCAAACUACGCAAUUUUUUACAAAAAUCUUUAAAAGCUUCAUAACUUGGAAACUAAAUCUAAAAACGUUCUCUAGUGAGAAGAUAUUUCUGUUGCAGUACUACGAAACUCCUCGGAUGCUCGACACGGGACACGUCUACUUGACCGUCCGGCACAAACGUCUUGUGAGCAGCCUGGACUGUGUUCUCGAGUACAUUUGCAACACGAACAUUGUGUAGGUUUUUCGUCCCGCGUUUUUUCCUAAUUUGUGGCUCAGAGAAGAGAGAAACCUGGUGAAUUACUCGAAGCCAACUCAUCCGCCGAUCGUGAGAAACGCACGGGCUUACGCCUUUUUCGUUGCCGGCACGGCUAUCUUCCCGCACGACAUCAACAGAGACGACUUCUCUCCUUGGUCUCACAACGGAACUCGUCAGUUCUUUUUAUUGCACGAAAAUGUGUCAUUUCUUUCAAACUGUGAUUUUGGUAGAGGACUAGAAUGAUAGUAUAGAAACAUAUUUUUAUAUCUUUUCGAAAAAAAAAAGGCUCACGGUCUCUAUCUAAAACUUUUUUUUGGGUAUCAAUAUUCUGUUUCAUGCUUAGUCGGGCUGUAUAAUUUAAAUAUCACAAAAUAUCGAUUUCUUUGCAGCGGACAACCCGACAUGCUACCGAACGAAAGUCCGCAAGAUCGGAGUGUCGUGUGACGAAGCCGGCUCUCAGUUCCAACUCAAAGACGUCGACUACAAAACUUGUGGUUUUCAUUUGGUGUACUUGUACAGCAUAAACCCAAGAGAUCCGAGAAUGAGGAAAAAGGUUCGUUUCUGUGUAUUUUUUCGUUUUAAAAAAGAUUCUUUUUAGAUUUAUUACCUCAUGGAAACUGAGUCUCGCCUGGUUGUCAGUCAUGCACUUAUCAUAUAUGAUUACAAUAGCGAGGGCAAUUUGCCAAGGUUCCACGGUCCUUAUAUCAAAAGAUUCACGAGGAGACCUCGAAGAGCCGCGGUUCGUUUUAGCUCUUUUCUCUCUGUUUCCCGUUUUUUUUUUUGCUAUCAAGAUUUUUUCUGUCAGGUCCUCCCCUUGCACGACAUCGAUAACGACGUCUCCGACAUCAGCGAGGGAGAGAAGGAGUCUCCGGUUUGUUCCGGAACUUUCUUCGUUCUUUCAAUUCAAUGUCUUCAGUUCGUGUUGCCUGCAUUGGAGGCCGAUGAUGGCACUUGCUACUUGGCUUUGGCCGACAUCGACUUCCUCAACGAUCGAAAUCGACAACUCCAUUAUCUCGUCAACAAGCCCAACCUCUUGUAAUACAUCUUUCCGAAUAAUCUGUCAGAGCUAAAAAGAAAAAUCUCUAAUUCCGAAGCGUUAAAUUUAAUACAGUUGAAAUAUAUUUUUGUUUAUGAUUUUUGACCGGUGUAUGGUCGUCCAAACCAAACUCUCCAUCAUAGUUUUGUUUCAAGAAUGAAAAAUAUAAAAAAACUUUAAAUUUUUAACUUUUCAAAGUUUCGAAACAUCAUUCCCUCUUUUUUUAAUGUGAACUCAACUUUUCUUAUCAAAAAUUUUUAAAAAUCGGAAACUUACAACCUUUUUGAAAAAUGUCAAAACCACUGAAAAAGUUACUCAUAUCUAAAGUUGAAAAUUAUCAAAGUAGCUGCCAGAUUGAUUUAUCUGAAGAAAGCGAUAUUUUUGAUUCUCAGGGAUUCUAUGGCCUGCCUGAACAACCGAGUACCUGUAUUACCACCUGCGACGUUGGGGAAAGGCGCCUUCAUUUUUUUCGUCGAUGGAAUGGAAGUUGAUCCGCGAAACUUGACCUGCGACGGCCUGGCGCCUUGGUCCGAAAGCACCACUCUGAACAAUGGUCAUUUUUUAUUCAUUCGCAUGUUUUUCAACUGAAAGAAAUGACUAAAAGUAGUUUUUUUUUUCGUGGAUAGGAUUUCAUCAACGUUUUUUGAAAAAAUAAUAUAGACUGUGUUUUGUACGAGGCGAGAUAUACUGGCACCAAAAAUAUACAAAAAUUAAUUAUUUUUUUCUUUGCGACUUUGUUAAAUCUCCGGCGUAUUAGGGGGAAAAGUUACACUUGUCAUCCUUUAAAAAAUCACUUAGUGAUAAUUCAUUGAGAACAUACGAAAUAACCUGGAGGUUUGAACUCGAACUUUUUGUUUGCAGGAGCUUUUGCUCGGCGACCCAAGUCUCACAAACUGCCUCUCGGUUUGAAUAGAGAAGGGCAACUCAGAGUGAUUCGCUCAAUGCGAAACGAAAACCACGAAUUCCAACUGCACAUCUAUUCGGCGACUCUACCUCGCUGCCCGCGGCUUCGCAAACGAGUAAAACAUUCUAUAUAAAGUCUCGCUAAACGUUUUUUGCAGGUGGUGUACGUGCUCAAGAACGGGGCACAGAUCGGUCACGCAAUGAUCGCAUAUUGGUUCACAGAGCCUGGGGAAAUGCCGGUGCCUGUGACGCACGGGAACAGCAUCCACAUGGAGACGGCGUUCAUGCGACUGCCGCCUUCGCUCCGCGACGAGGCUCGCCGACUCCUUCUGUCGCUGCCUCCGGGCGAGGUCGCUCGUAUCCUUUCGGAGAAGGCCGACUCUCCCAUUACUGUCCGCUCGGUUUGUUUUCCAAAAUUAGCAAAAAGAGUAUUUUCAUGUUGGCGUAUGAUACAAAAUUCAUCUCAAAGUGUUCUGAAGACGUCGAAAGUUUUCUUCACGAGUCCAUAUUUUUCUUGUAAAAUUUCAAACUUCUUCUUCUUACGCCUUUAUACCGCUUGAGCGGCUUCGGCGCCCCAAAUCGAUUAACCGAGUUCCUAUCCUGAUAUCAGGGUAAAUCAGAGAACUGGCACUAGCGACCUAUCCGUCCUUGUGGGACUGGGGGUUAUGAAGUCGUGGUUCCCCACUAACAACAUUUCUUAAACCCAUUGGUUGAGUCGAGCCGGGGAUCGAACUUGUGACCCUGUGGACCGUAGACAGGCACACAACCUGUUGCGCUACAGUGUGGUCCAGUGAAAAUUCAAGUUCAGCGGGCGGACAUCUCUCAAAAAUCAUCUUUAGGGCAAUAUUUGACUUUCUUCAUCCAUAAACUCCAUCACAUGCUCAUCAACUAUUUCAUUUUUCAGUUAUACAAUGUUCGACGAGAGCUGCGAAGAGACCUCGGAAUAAUUCCGGACAAUGGUCGGAUGCUUCCAUCUGACGUGAAGACAGAGAUACUCGAGGCCCAGUACGAAGACAUGUGGCAGAACCAACCAGUUGACGCUCUCAUGGUGAACUCGAUGAGGAAAGAAGUCCACGCGAUCGUCGACGAAUCCUCGAUGCAAGUCGCGCACACGGAGGAGAUCCAAGGCGGACCCAACGAAAUGCUUUUCCGUCCGAUGCAUCCGCCCAACCCAGGCUCUUCAACAACGAUGUCCACGGCUUUGGGCGGUAGCGGCAGUGCUUCUCAAAGGUCCUACUUGGCAAGUUCCGCUCUAACAAAGGUGGGUGAGGCCGUUAAAUAUCUGUGAAUAAUUCAAUGGAACUGAAGCCGAAAAUUAAUCUGACUAAUACCAUGGUCGCUUACAACUAGCUUAGAAAAAUUGAAAAAUCGGGAAAGGUUGAAGUCUAACUUAACGACGGAAUCUAGUGGAAAAGUGGCUAAAGUGAGAAAAGGCAAAAAAUUUUUUUAAAUAUUUUUGUGCUGAGAAAAUUGUUCCGUUUGCAGCCACUCAUGCCUGGCACCGUCAGGGGCUCUCAAAAGUCAGAUGCGCUUUGGAGGAUCGCAAAGGCGACUUUCGGCACCAUGUCUGACCCUGACACGUUUGAUGCACUGUGGCGGCUGCUGGUUGAGAAGAACGAAGCUAGAAUUUUCCAGAACAUCCAUCACGUAAGUUCACGUUUGCAUACUUCUUUUGAAGUAUACAAGAAACGAAAGAAUAAAAAAGGAAGUUGUUGAAGAAGACGUUCUUAAGUGAUCCCUAGAAUUGCCCAGAAACUUCUGGAACACGUCCUUUUCACGUUAUCAAUGUCCGAGUCAUCAUAACCCACCAAACCCUGACAAGUCUUCCCGUCAAAAUCCCCAAGGGAAGCUCAAAUGUACAAUAUCAUACCUACUUGACAGUUUUAAAAUGUUGUCUAGAGCCCCUUGAUCCCAGUCAAAAUCCCAUGAAAAAAAAGUUAAAUUCUCACUUUUUUGUUUGCAGACAUUUGGCGUCGAAAUAGUACCGGGUUUGGUAGAAGUGGAUCCAAUGGAAAUACAAGUUGCCGAAAACGGAGACGUCAUCCAUCUGGACGAAGGACAAGUGAUAGAGGAGCACGUGGUCGAAGAGGAAGUAGUUCUGGCUCCUGUGGUCGACCUCCAAGGACAGCAGAUCAACGCGGGUGCAGAUCAAGUGAUGUUGGAGCUGGAGGAGUCGAGUGUGCCCGGCGUCGUCGUCGAAGUGGGAGCCCCGGAAAGCGACCAUCAAAAAUAGCGAACUCUUUUUUUCCCUGCAGACCCACUGACUUUUUUCAUAUUGUUUUUUUUUUGUUUUGUUUUAUGUUUUUUGAACCGCAUAUUGUUUCAAUUCACGUGUUUCCCCUUCACAUGUAAAUUUAUUCGGACAUGUCCUUUAUUUGUCCAGUGUCUUCGUCGGCCACGCUUUAUGCAGCAACUAGAAUCUUCACGUUGUUCAACUUUUGGAACUUCUCAUGUUAGGAUUUCUCAUAACUCUGAGGAUAGUUCGGAUUUUCUAUUCAAUUCUUCAUUCUAACGCCUAACCACUUUAUUCUUAUUUCGCUGAAACGAAUGGAUGUGUUAGUCUGUAACUUGCUUCCAAUGGAAGCCAUUUCUCCGUUUCGAUUGAUCUCGUUUUUCAAAUCGCAGCUUUUUUUUCCCAGAUAUUCACUCCGAUUAUUUUCUCGAAUUUGUACUUUGAAGCCUUCCAACUCUGUAAAUUAUAUUCGUAUAGUUUUGGCGAUGAUAUGAUGAAAUUUCGUAUUCAUUUCUAAUGUCCAAAUAAAUUAACCAUUUGCGUUUUUUGUUUUAAAACUCGAAGUUUCUAUGAAUAUUUUUCUAAAGUUUAAUAAAUUGUUCUCUUUGUAUUGGUUAAUCGGAUAUCUGCAUCGCGAUCUUGGUCAGCGAUCGCACGGCCCCCAACCAGUAAGAUUGUAGGAAUUCGGGGGGCGGAGUCGAGUUUUCGUUUAAAAUGCGCUCCUCGAUUUCGCUUUCCGCAUUCUCGUCUUUCCUCAAGCCUCAUGAAGCCCUUGAUUGACGACGAAGACGUCGAGGUCCAGCGCUUCAGAAGGUUUUCCUCUCCAGACGACACGACCCUCGUUUUAAGGAGCGUCUUCACUUCGAUCGUCUUCUCGACGGCGACGGUCCUCGGCUGCGUCCUCCUGAUGCCUGUCGCCUAUCUGAAUGUCCAACGAGUUCACACGGACCUUCUCCACGAAGCUCACUUCUGCAGUGUCUGUUAUUGAGUUCUCUUCACCUUAGGAUCGCAAAACUAUUGAAAGAAGUUAACUUGAGAAGAAAAGAGAAGCCGUAUUUUUUCCCUUCAUUGAGAAAGUCAUCUUGAUUUUGUUAUUCAAGUAUGAAAAGGAACAUGAGACAAAUCGUUCCAGAAGCGGAGUGAAGAUCUUUGGCGACAGGCGAUGUCGGUUUCGCGAGAAGAUUUCGACGGCCGUCCCAGAAGGAGCGUCGUCUCUGGCGGCACUUGGCACUUCGGACAGUACAUUCCGGCCAAGACGUUUGUCGAUGAUAUACCUCUUUCGAUGUUGAAUUUUUGACAGACGCUCGAGAAGAGAAUACCAGACGGGAGCCGGUACAGCCGGAGAGGGUUCUGCGGCCUGUAGACGUGGUCCUCCGGGGCCUCCAGGAGACAGUUUUCUUUGUUCGUUGGGUUUUGUCUCAACAAACUGAUUGCAGACGGAUCUGACGGGGCUGAUGGCCAAGAUGGACAGGUCGGAGCCGAUGGAACUCCAGGACAGGGUCUGUGGAUUUGGAAAAAAAAACUAGUCAUUGUUCUCACCUAAAUCCUUCAGAAAAAAAACUAAUCAUUGUUCUCACCUAAAUCCUUCAGAUGCUGAAGCUGGAUAUCAAGAAGCGCCGCAGGUGAAUGCAGAGGCGUCUUGCGCUCGUGAAUGUCCGCCAGGAGCUCCAGGGCCAGUUGGUCCUCCAGGCGAGAAAGGACCACGAGGUUGGUCUUGCAGAUUUUUGUGGUACUACUUUUUUUGUGCAGGUUAUCCCGGUGAGAGCGGCGAACCAGGCUCACCAGGUCAGCCGGGAGCCAAAGGAGCUCCGGGAAAGAUAGGGCAGACUGGCCCUCCCGGGUAUCCUGGCCGACGGGGCGCUCGGGGAGACAACGGCAAAGUGGUCAGUUUCAUUUGGAGGACGCCGCAAAAUUUUAUGAGGUGUAGGGUAGAUGCAAAGGCGUGCCUAUAGCUGAUUCACGGCUGUCUUGAACCAUCGAAAAAAAGAGUCCUGACGCGAUAAGAAACGAGACAGCGUCUGGUUCGUGGAGAGCGCAAACAGGCCACGCCCCCUUAGCGUUUUAAGCCAGCCGUGAACCAGCUAUACCUGGAAUUAUCAAAAAAAAAGGAGCUUCCAAAAGGUUGAGAAAUCUCACUCACUCAAACAAACAAAAAUAGAAAUAAAUGUAACCAAUUUGUUCAAAUUUUUUAAAUUUUUCGACGAGAUUUUUGUAUAAUAGCUCUCCGUGGCUUCAGAUGCUGACAAGUGCUCCAGCCGGAGCUCCUGGCAGAGUUGGAGAGAUGGGCCCGACGGGCCCACCUGGACCUCCCGGAGACAAAGGAAAGCCUGGCGCUCCCGGAGCUCAAGGACUGCCAGGAGAUCAAGGAAAUGCUGGCUCCUACGGAAAGCCAGGGCCGUCAGGAGCCCCCGGACCCGACGGCGAAGGCGGACAGAAGGUGCGUCAUCCGAGGCUUUUUCGCGAGUUUUUGUUGACAGGGCUCCUGCGACCAUUGCCCUCCUCCGCGCACUCCUCCAGGCUACUAG